UGAUUGAUGAUAGACCAUUGCUGAUUAAGCAAGUUCCACUCCAAGUCUCCAACGUAGGUCAUGCACCGAUGAUUCGACUUGACGGGUCGCAGCUCAAGAUUCAAUAAUUCCCUCCUCCUUCUUUGUUCAUUAAUAAGCGGCAUUGAGCUUGAAUGAUUUCACAUGUAUGAAUUGGUUCACCUCUGAUAUGGAGUCCAGCAACUCCACUACAAAAUGACUUGAUACCCCACACCUGGCGGACCGACGCCUGUCCUUCAGUCACGACAUAUACGGCCGCAGAAUUCUACGACGCUACAUAAUUUAAUCUCCAUCCGACACGAGCACCAUGCCCACCGAAGUGUUUAGCCUCCGCCUCUGGCGUUCCAGCGGCUUUUCCCGACCCUCCGCACUCGAACUCCUCCUCUUCGCCCCCAUCUCCCUCUUCGCCCGCGCCAUCUACAAGCUUCUCAACCUCCUCCACAGCUCCCCCCGCAAACCCACCCACCCUAUCCGCGUCGUCUGCAUCUCUGACACCCACACCAUCAUCCCAUCCGAUAUCCCCUACGGCGACAUCCUCAUCCACGCCGGCGACCUCACCAUCCACGGCACCCUCUCCGAACUCCAAGCCCACAUCGACUGGCUGCACUCCCUCCCCCACCCGCAUAAAAUCGCCAUCGCCGGGAACCACGACACGUAUCUCGAUGCCCGCUCACGCCGCACGCUCAAACCGUCCGACUGUGACGGCGAGCUGAACUGGGGAACCAUCCACUACCUCCAGCACGAGGAGAUCACCCUACAUUUCCCCGGUCACGGGAAGCGCUCCUUGCGGAUAUACGGCGCGCCGCAGAUUCCCGCGUGCGGCGGUCCCGAGUUCGCGUUCCAGUACCGGCGGGGGCAGGAUGCGUGGAGCGGGACGGUGCCGGCCGGGGUGGAUGUGUUGGUGACGCAUACGCCGGCGAAAGGGCAUCUGGAUAAUCUGCGGCCAGGGUUGGGGUGUGAGUGGCUGUUGAAGGAGAUGUGGCGGACAAGACCGCGGUUGCAUGUGUGUGCGCAUGUGCAUGAUGGGUGGGGGCGAGAGGUGGUAAGUUGGGAUGGGGGGCAAAGUGUGUAUGAGGACUUGAUAUGUCGGGAUGAGCGAAGGGGAGUGGUGGCUGCGUGGAUUGAUGUGGAAGGGUGGGUGGGGUUGGUGAGAUUGUUGGUGGAGGGAGGGAGGGGGCUGGUGUGGGAUAGAGUGUGGGGAGGGGGGCGGAAGACAACGGUUAUGGUCAACGCGGCGUUGACGAUUGCGAAUAAGAAAAAGUUGAGGAAAGAGGUCCAGGUGGUGGACAUUUGAACAUUGGUGCUCUGGUCGUGGCCUUGAGCUCGUCAGAUUAAUUCGGAAGAUUGCAUAGCGAGGUGCUUGGACUGUCGGAGCCUACUUCUUAUACCGGUAUUGCUCAACAG